CCUCCCUCCCAGCAACCGGCCUGGCGGCGGCGCGGCCAACAACCCAGGAGGUGUUGCUGAGACGGAGUCGAUACCGCGCGCGCUAACUCCAGGACCAGAUUUUAACCUCAUUUUGCUGAAGUACAUCCUCAAGUAAUUUCAUUAAAAAACAUACGUGAGAGGUUUAAAUUUUUGAAUUUCAAGUAGGUCUACACAUUAGGAACUCAUGUCUUUUCUUGUAAGUAAACCAGAGCGAAUUAGGCGGUGGGUCUCGGAAAAGUUCAUUGUUGAGGGCUUAAGAGAUUUGGAACUAUUUGGAGAGCAGCCUCCGGGUGACACUCGGAGAAAAACCAAUGAGGCGAGCUCAGAGUCGAUAGCAUCCUUCUCUAAACGAGAGAUCAUGAGUAGCUUUCUGCCAGAGGGAGGGUGUUAUGAGCUACUCACCAUUAUAGGCAAAGGAUUUGAGGACCUGAUGACAGUGAAUCUCGCAAGGUAUAGACCAACAGGAGAGUAUGUGACAGUUCGAAGGAUUAAUUUAGAAGCUUGUUCCAAUGAGAUGGUGACAUUCUUGCAGGGGGAGCUUCAUGUCUCUAAACUCUUCAACCAUCCCAACAUUGUGCCAUAUCGAGCCACCUUUAUUGCAGACAAUGAGCUGUGGGUUGUCACAUCAUUCAUGGCAUAUGGCUCUGCAAAGGAUCUCAUCUGUACACACUUCAUGGAUGGCAUGAGCGAACUGGCGAUUGCUUACAUCCUGCAGGGGGUGCUGAAGGCCCUAGACUACAUCCACCACAUGGGCUACGUACACAGGAGUGUCAAAGCCAGCCACAUUCUCAUCUCCGUGGAUGGGAAGGUCUACCUGUCUGGGUUACGCAGCAACCUCAGCAUGAUCAGCCAUGGGCAGCGGCAGCGUGUUGUCCAUGAUUUCCCCAAGUACAGCAUCAAGGUUCUGCCCUGGCUCAGCCCAGAGGUCCUCCAGCAGAAUCUUCAGGGCUAUGAUGCCAAGUCUGACAUCUAUAGUGUGGGAAUCACAGCCUGUGAACUGGCCAAUGGCCAUGUCCCCUUCAAGGAUAUGCCUGCCACCCAGAUGCUUCUGGAAAAACUGAAUGGCACAGUGCCCUGCCUGUUGGACACUAGCACCAUCCCUGCUGAGGAGCUGACCAUGAGCACCUCGCGCUCAGGGGCCAACUCCGGCCUGAGCGAGAGUCUGGCCACCAGCACCCCCAGGACCUCCAAUGGCGACUCUCCUUCCCACCCUUACCACCGCACCUUUUCCCCCCAUUUCCACCAUUUUGUGGAGCAGUGCCUUCAGCGCAGCCCGGACGUAAGGCCAAGUGCCAGCACCCUCCUGAACCAUUCUUUCUUCAAGCAGAUCAAGCGCCGUGCCUCCGAGGCUUUGCCUGAACUACUUCGUCCUGUUACUCCCAUCACCAAUUUUGAGGGCAGCCAGUCUCAGGAUCACAGUGGCAUUUUUGGCCUGGUAACAAACCUGGAAGAACUGGAGGUGGAUGACUGGGAGUUCUGAGCCUCUGCAGACUGUGCACAGCCUCCAACUGGGACAUGUGAGCCUGCGAGGGCCUUUCCUGCGGGCUGGCUGCUGUCCCACCCUCCUGGAGCAGAUUGGGUAGAAAGGACCUUUCUUCCAGGAGUGUUGGCUGCUUUCUGUCUGGGAAAGAAAUUGCUGGAGAGAGACUUUUCUUGAUGCUCCAAGACUUUUGAGACACAAGGGAAUUCCAACAACCAGAGAUCGGGAGGUGCCCAGAAAGCUGACAGUCCCAGUCCUGCAAACUCAGGCGAUCUCUUCAGAAGGAAGAGAUGCUGCUCUGGCCCUGUGGGCCGCAGUCCCAUCAACCCAGGGAACUGUGUGGCCUCCUUUUCCCAGCUCUUGUUCUCCCAUCAGCCUAGUUUUUCUCCUUUGCUCUCAGAUCCUACAGGUCCAUUAAGCCCCCCUUCCCCUAAUAAUUUUAAGGAAGGGCAUUUUUUUCUGUUUAAACACCAGGUUAAGGCUGGGGCAGUCCAUCCUUACUCCUGUUAUCUCUUGGGCUCUGACACCUAAGACCUUCCCAUAAUUCGUCUGUAUCGCUCAUUCCUUUCCCACCGAGAAUCUAUCUUAAUGCCUCCCACCAGCUGCCUUGGUGCUUUCUCCAAAGGCCAACAAUGUCUUGCUGAGCCUGAGGGCUGUUAGUUUUGUUGCCAGAACAAAUUAAAACCUUCAGUGAAUCCA